AUCUGAAGUAGUAUCAUUCUGCACCAUCUCAUUCUCUUCCCAGUCCUCCCAGAUUAUCAUCUAAGUAACUCUUCUUUUAGUUUUCGUGGCUGGAUUAUUGCUUAUUUUCCAUAACAAGCUAAUCAUAUCAGUGAAAUUGAAAACCUGCAUGUCAUUUAAACAUGCAGCGUUUGCGGAUUAGAAAUGUAUGUGCUUUUGCCCCAUGUGACUUAAGAAAUAGCAAGUUUUAGGUUACUUGGAAGUCACUUGCCAGUUUUAACACCUGGAAUGACUCAAGUGCUUUUGAAUAGUUUCCCCUUCCUAGAUCUGAUUGAUGGGCAGAUAGGCUGGUCCUGGGCAAAUAGGUGGUACUGGGUUUUCUCCCGGUAGGAUGCUUGGGAAUUCUUCUCUGUGCCCCGACACAGUACGUAAACUGAGCUGCCAAGUUUUUUUAUAUAUACCAGUAGUUCCCUUAUUUGCCAAAAAUUACUGAGUAGGCCUUGUUCAGUUGUGAUGAAGAUAAAUAAGUUAUAUUGGCUAUAAAAUGUUCUGUUUUGAUAAAGACAGAAUUAAAUAAACCCUGCUGAUCUUAGAAUUAGCUUAAGCACAAGUACAGAAUCAUUAUUAUAUUUUCAAGACUGCAUUUGGAAAUAAUAUGAAAUAUACACAACUGAUUACAGUAAAAGCUAAAUGCCGGUGACAUGAAAUAAUACUCCUGGAUGUCACCAUGAUGCACUUGCAUUAUUGAACAGACUCCUGAGGACAGUGUAACAAUUAAUGAAGCUGGUGUGGAAAGCUGCCAGACAUAUGAGAACUUUAAUGCAUUUGUGUAAAGCAUGAAUUAAAAAUAACUCUUUGUCUGUACAAAUAACACCUUAAGAAAACCAUGCGGAGAAUUAAAAAAAACAUUCUGUUUAUUUGUAUAAUUUACUUUUCACAUCUCCUUUGGUUUGUUAAAAAAAAACAGCACACAGAAUAAUCACAUUCACCUUUUUUAAUGCCUUGCAUUAUGAUUGAGCUGUGAUGGUGCAGACAAAGCGAAGUUUGGAUCAGAGUUAAAGCGCUGCCUUUGUUCAGGAAGAUACUUCUGGAAUCCUUGGAAAAGUGAUUUAAAAUCAGCAGAGGCUCUCAGAAAUGAAAGGACUGGAAGUUCAUAUGAAUAUCUGUUAUUUUUUGUUGAAAAUGAGAAUUCUGGUAAAAAGACAACAGUUCUUUGCCUGUCUGUUGCACAAGUCUCUUCCUGCUGUGACUGCUCUCUUUUCCCCAGCUACAGCUCCCAAAAUACAGCGAACUAGAGCCACAGCCUCAGGAUUUCAAUCCGCUUGUCUGGGCGAUCAGGCUGCAGCAGAUUGCCCACUUUUUGCAUUCCCAUUCAGCAUUCUUAAUGCUGUGGUGCAAACAGCGAUUAUGUUGGAGAGCUUUUAAUACUCAAGGACUGUUUGGUUCCUGCAGAGGAGGAUCCAGUCUAGAGGACCUCAAAGCUCCCUUUCCAAAAUGUCCACUUCUACGAACCAGAUUUUGCAGCUGUUGAAAAAUCAGAUCUGUCACAACAGACUUUACGGAAUACCAAGUUGUUCUCAGGGCCCAGGAAAUGCUUGAUCUCUUUGGGUAAACAUAAACUGUGGAAAAGGACAUUUUUUUUUUCCUGACAGGAGCACAUUAACAAAUUGUGCCCUGGGCCCACUCUGACUCAUGGGCUUAAAGGAGAGUGGAACAGCCUGGGGAUUCCAUUUGAAGGAAGCACACAAAGGCAGCUCUCAGCUACUUUGAACUCAGAUUAGUAGAACAACUCCAGUAUAUACUCCCAUCCUUCUGACUGUGUGAGGAACAUCCUUCUAGAGAAACAUAUAUAUACACACACAUAGAAGCAAAUAUACAAGGAAAAAAACCCCAUAUAUAUGCGUGUCUGCAUGUCUCUACACAAUCUAGCCCAUGUGGAUCCUACCCAUAGCAUGCAAUUUCUUUGGCCAAUUUCCUUCUUUUCUAUGUGUUUUAGGGAAUGUAGCUGCUCUGUAGACCUCAGAUACACACUUGAAUUAGGCUUAAACCAGACAAAGUAGUUUUCUGUUCUGAUGGAAUCCGUAUCACCCUAAUACCAUUGCACUGCGAUAGUCAACGUUAUUCCCCGCAAGAAGAAACUCACUAAGAAGUGAGAGCACUGGAGAGAACCAUGAAUCCUAUGGAAGCAGAAGUUCAGGUAAUUUCUUACAGGGGGUGAAGAACACGUCUGUCCUCUGGCGCUCCCGGUACCUUUGCACAAUCUUUGUGUCACACCGCCCCCUCAAGGUAUGUGUGCAGAAGUGUCGGGGACAUGCUUGAAGGGAGCCAGGCCUAUUUACAUGCUUUAAUCUUAUCUUCCUAAUACUGUCACAAAUGCUUGCUGUAGGCAUUUGCCGAGUUUUACAUUUUUAUCCUUCAUUUUGGACAUCUUGCCUUUUAGAGAAUAAUGUUGAACCUUGUAAAGGGAAUUGCUUGUGGCAUUAUGACCAAAGACUGAAACAGUGUGUGACCUUUAUUUUCAGAGACGUGCAGGAAAUGGAAAUAGAUUUGUUAGUAAGACAACGUGCUGCCGGAAAUGUGCUUGUGGUAUUUAAUGUGCCGUAGCAUACUUUGAUACACAGAUGCAUGCAGCUAAGCUUCUGUCCGCUAUAGACAUUGCAUAUAAUACACAGAGCUGCUAGGCCAGCCUCUAGUAAAGGUUUUAUUAGGCUGAGACCUUGUAUUAUAACUUACCUAUACUCUGAUGCUUUCUGUUGAUAUUUUCCAUGGCAGUUUUCUGUCACAGAGUUGCAUCUGCACUGAGUAAAGAAUUCAUUUCCUUGUGGUGGGUUCAUUGUAUCUGAAUGUUUCAUUUUUACACCUUUGGGAAACAGGAGGUGAAAAUCCAGUCUUAAGCAAACAGGUCUACGUAGUAGGAAAAUUGGUUUAAAUAACUUGCCAGGUGGCAUGUAAGAAUUGUGUGGUAGAGACUGAAUUAGAUUCUAGUUCUUUGGGUUAGCAUUCAUUCCACUCCUCCAACAUCGUCCCUUCUUCAUUCCAUGCUCUCCAAUUUCUACAGCAAAUGAGGAAAUCGUCUGAGGCAACAAUCUGCUUCACUUCAUCCAGAGUGAUGCUCAUCUAGUGAUUGUUGAAGAAAGCCAAGAUUAUGUGGUAAAAUCUGCUACUGCAUCAUUAGACCAAGUCAUUAUACAUACACAAGGGAGGUAACUUAAUGUUUUCAAAUAUUUAAGACCACAGAUUUUAUUUCUGAGAAAUACGGCAGAACUGAAGAACCCUCCGGGCAAACUUCUCCCCUGUAAAUUGUUAGUAUAUAUGCAAGAUAUCAAUUCAGGGCCAAAUUCUAAGCUCAGAUGCUCUCAGAUGAUCUCCAGAGGUCACUUCCAACCCCAACCACUCUGUGAUAAGAACUGUUCUGGUUAAACUUUGGUUGCAAAAUACUGAGAGAAGACCAAGUGGCGCUGCUGCAGAGGGGAAGAUGAGAAGGGCAGAUCCAAUCGAGGUUUUGUUCUUACUGUUUGUCUGUAAGGAUGCGUGGGGCAUGACAAGAGAAUUAAAUGUAUGCAUUCAUUAGAAAAGACAGAAAGCAACUGCAAACUGCUGCUUUGUUUUAAUGUAUGUCUUCAUUAUACAUCAUGGCAGAGGGUGGAGAAGAAACCAAAGGACGCCUUGGCUAACAUAUAAACAUGCUGACACGACCACCUUUUUGCUCCUUGAACUUGUACAAGUAAUUCUUCUUAGAUGUAUAUCAAAGUUGUCUUGUAUGAAACAAUAUUUAAAAUUCUGUCCUCUCAAUUCAUUUUUGCUCUGUUUAUACAGUAUUUGUUAGGAAACUACAGAAAUACAUGCUUUCUGUAGAAUAUAUGUUGGGUAUGUUACUUACCUGAUCAAUCACGUGGUAGUUUUGAAGGACUGAGAGACAUGAGGAAGCUCCAUGGUUUUGUCAAGGUAGCAUUUGCAGGCAUUUCAUUCACAGUUUGGUAUCUAUGAAUUAAAUCUGCUUCUAACUACACAGCUAGAAAUACAAACUAACUCCACUGAGGGUAGUCAAAGUAGUUUCUGAUGCUGUGCAAAACUGGAUCUUCCACGCUCUGAAUUUUUCCCCCUUGUGUAAACAUGGUGAAAAAAAACAGAGGGGGUCAAUAACACCGUACAACCAAGGAGAUUUGUGACCACCGAGACAUAUGAAUCUCAUUUUACUUGCUACAUUUAAAAAGGAACUGAGUAUUUUCAGUAGAACAUUUGUAUCGAUCCAGUGUAAGCAUGCAAAUCUUAAAAAGCAAUGCAAUGCAAGAUAAAACUGUUAUUCUGUAUUGUCUGGAAAAACUGCAAUUCAACAUCUGUACUUGUAUUACUGCUUAACUUAAAGGUUACAGUCGUAGAGUGGGAAAUUCAGUAACGAACUAAAUUUGAGGCCAGGGAGCUCUUUAAAAAAAGUGUGAGACAAAGAGAUUCGCAAAUGAUCAGCAGAGAGACACAAGAUGCCCACGUCUCCCUCUUGUCUCCGGAGAAAAGUUGAACCGCGGCGCUCUUUAAGGCAGAGCUGGGGCAGCAACCGCUGAGCAUCCUGCACAUCGCAUCUGUCCAGCACCUGUCUGGCCCCACGCACAUCCGUGCGCUCCCCUCACAAGCACAAGGCCCCGGUGCCGCACGCGGAGCGCACGGAACCGCUGCCCGCGGCGGGCGGCACGCGGCAGAGCCGCUCCAGCCUGCGCCGGGCUCCGCUUCGCGCCCGAGGCUGCGCUUGGGUGUGCAGACCUGCAGCAGCGGCGAUGGCAGGGGCAGAGCUCCGCGGCAGCGCGGCCUCCGCCGCGACGAGAGGCAGGACGAGAGCCGCCGGGAGCCGCUGCCCGCCGGCACGGCCCCGCGUCCGGGCCGCCCCGUCCCGCCGGCCGCGCCCGGUGCCCGCGGGCAGCCGCGGAGCGGGGCAGCAGCGAACAGGCCGCGGGCGGGGCGGGACGGCGGCUGCUCGGAAAGCCCGGCGGGAGGCGGGGUGAGGGAGCCGCUGGGCGCGGACGGGAGGGCGGCUGCCCGCAAAGCCCGGCGCGCGGAUCGCGAGGUUGGCCCUAAGAUGGCUGUUGUGUGCGGGGCGCCGUCGCUGUAGCGCCGCGAGGAGCCGCCCGCCGCGCCGCCCGCCAUGGAGUGCCCGCACCUCGGCUCCAGCGUCUGCAUCGCCCCCGACUCGGCCAAGUUCCCGCAGGGCUCGCCCUCCUCCUGGUGCUGCAGCGUGUGCCGGUCAAAUAAAAGUCCGUGGGUCUGUCUGACGUGCUCAAGUGUCCAUUGUGGAAGAUAUGUGAAUGGCCAUGCAAAAAAGCAUUAUGAAGAUGCGCAGAUUCCUAUGACCAAUCAUAAGAAAACAGAAAAGCAAGAGAAAGUUCAGCAUACUGUGUGUAUGGAUUGCAGUAGUUACAGUACAUACUGUUACCGCUGUGAUGAUUUUGUAGUCAAUGAUACCAAGCUGGGCCUGGUACAGAAGGUCAGAGAGCACCUGCAGAACUUGGAAAACUCAGCCUUUACAUCAGACAGACAUAGGAAAAGAAAACUAUUGGAAAACUCAUCUUUGAACAGCAAGUUAUUAAAAGUAAAUGGAAGCACCACUGCCCUCUGUGCCACGGGCCUCCGGAACCUGGGGAAUACGUGUUUCAUGAACGCGAUCCUUCAGUCGCUCAGCAACAUUCAGCAGUUUUGCUGUUACUUCAAGGAGUUGCCGGCUGUGGAGCUGAGGAACGGGAAGACGGCAGGCAGGAGAACUUACCACACCAGGAGCCAGGGGGACAACAACGUUUCGUUGGUGGAAGAAUUCAGAAAGACACUCUGUGCUUUAUGGCAAGGAAGCCAAACUGCAUUUAGUCCAGAGUCUUUAUUUUACGUUGUUUGGAAAAUAAUGCCAAACUUCAGGGGAUACCAGCAACAGGAUGCCCACGAGUUCAUGCGUUACCUUUUGGACCAUCUACAUCUGGAACUCCAGGGUGGCUUCAAUGGUGUUUCACGUUCAGUCAUUUUGCAAGAAAACGCUACCCUGUCUGCAAGCAACAAAUGUUGCAUAAAUGGAGCGUCUACUGUUGUCACAGCGAUUUUUGGAGGCAUUCUUCAAAACGAAGUCAACUGCCUAAUAUGUGGGACUGAAUCUAGAAAGUUCGACCCAUUCCUAGACCUUUCACUAGAUAUUCCAAGUCAGUUCAGAAAUAAACGUACUAAGAAUCAAGAAAAUGGACCAAUGUGCACACUACGAGAUUGUCUUCGCAGUUUUACAGACCUGGAAGAACUUGAUGAGACAGAGCUGUAUAUGUGUCACAAAUGUAAAAAGAAACAAAAGUCCACCAAAAAAUUCUGGAUUCAGAAACUACCAAAGGUGCUAUGCUUACACUUGAAACGAUUUCACUGGACAGCAUAUCUCAGAAACAAGGUUGACACCUACGUUGAGUUUCCCUUACGAGGCCUAGACAUGAAAUGCUACUUGUUAGAGCCUGAGAACAGCGGCCCUGAAAGCUGCCUGUAUGACCUCGCGGCCGUCGUCGUGCACCACGGCUCGGGCGUCGGCUCUGGACAUUACACCGCGUACGCAGCCCACGAAGGCCGCUGGUUCCAUUUCAACGACAGUACUGUAACUCUGACCGACGAGGAGACUGUGGUGAAGGCCAAGGCCUACAUCCUCUUCUACGUGGAACGGCAAGCCAAAUCUGGAUCAGAUAAACUUUAAUACCUCCUUUUAAUUCUCACUUAUCAAGUCCACCGGACAAAACAUUUCCAUUUUCCAUAAAUACUUGAUCCAAGACUAUUAAUUUCAUUGUGCACUUUUCAAUUUCCUCUUGUGGGUUUUAGUUUUGUUGUGUCGAUGGUAGCAUUUGACUUACUGAACUUGGACACAAACUAACUUUUUUUUUAGUUAUACCAGAAAACCUCAGCAGAUUUUGGUUUGCUGCUUUAGUUAUGAUAACUCGAUUUUUAUAUAUAUAGUUUCAUGAAAUACUUAGUUAUUUGACUUUUUUAUAUUAAUGUUUUCAGUUCUCACUUUCUAAAGGCACAUUUACAUCGGAGAAGCUUUCUGUCCUCCUUACAAGCAAGAUAAAUGUGCUUCUGAUUAUGAAGAGCAAUACAACUUCAUGCUGUUCUCACAGCUGUUAUGUAGAUAUGAGUUGAUCUCUUUAAAUCACAGAAUUGUUUGCACGUACUAUUUUCCCUCGUGCAAGAAUUAAACAGCGACCUCUGAACAAUCGUUCUUUGUCUGCAGAAGAGAGAUGUGGCAUCAUUAACUAGACCAGGUAAUUGCUGCUAUAUUGGUGUGUAUUCAGGCUGCUGACUUUCAGGAAUCAUUGUAAAUAAACCAUUGGUUCAAUUGUAUCUAUACAGCAGUUUAAUUCAAGUAUUCCUCACGUAUGCUCUGCCCUCCCCCCAUCAAAUUUUCUAAAAAUAUCUUAAAAUAUAUUCAUGUCUAAAUUGU